AUGCAAUAUCUAAGCAUUGUCCUUGGCCUUGCCGCCGCAGCUUCUGCAAUAGAUGUCCGCAUUCACGCUGGAAGCAAUUGUGACCGUGGAGCCUACGAAUGCCUGAACCUUACACCCAAUCGGUGCUGCUAUGUGGAAAGCGGCCUUUACGGUAGCAUUGGCUUCUAUGGCGUGCCAACCAACUGGAAUAUCGAAUGUAGGGGCCACUCACGAUCAGGCGACAAUCGCUGUGGGGUACAAAAGGUGACAGAAAACUUGUCCGGUGGCACCUUCAAGUGCCUUAGAGGAGGAGGGUUUACGGGUGCUGGCUACGGUUUCCGUGGAAAGAAGCGCAGUUCGGAGGUGUGCGAUGCUGAGACCUCUGGACAAACGUGUACGGAGUUUCAGAAGGCGGACGUAAUUGUCCUCGAGGAUGGAAAGAAAUACCUACUUUCAGGGAUGGAGGAAAGCCUACUUGAUGAAUUGGUUCAGCUUGCAAUGAAUGGAACCGUUGCGGCGGAUAUCCCAGAGGGAUUCAAGAAGUUUGAGAAGGCAGAGUAG